CUAUCGACCGACAGCUCCAAACGGUAGGAUACCAGUAACGAACAGAUCCAGCAACGGCAAUACAUACAUCAUCAGAAGCGGAUCAAGGAAGGAUCAAGGGUCUAUUACCAUACUAGCUAGUGAAGCGGAUGGUGUAGCAUUGAGAACCGGGUCCUUGGUAAAGGACAGUCACACGCAUCGUUACUUGCUACGGUACUUGCUAGGUAGCUCGCUAGAGUCGAGACCAUCUAUCUAUUAUCCUGAGUUCUGUUCUGGCCAAUCUUCGUGUAUACCCUUUUCGGAAUCAAUCGUCAAUCAUCCAUCUGAAGAAGUUUAAAAAAAGAAAGAAAGAUGAGCUCUACUAGUAUGCCCACCAGCAAUGGUGAUGAUAAUAACAUGGACGAUGAUGAUGAUGAUGGCUCUAAUAAUGUGAUUAUCUGUUCGUCCGAGUUUCUGACGGACGAUGUGGGAGACGAACAAGUCCGUGCACUGGCGGCCGCGUUGGCACCGCAGAUUCGUGAAUUGGAAAAUUUGAUGGACGAUCCUCUGUUUCGGUCGUCUCAUGAUGAUGACGAUAAUAAGGAUAAUGAUCAUGAUCCCGUCAAUACGAAAGAGUCGACUACGCCACAACCACAGAAACCACGUGAUUCCAAAGUGGUCAUUUCGGACGAUGAUGAAGACGAUGAAGCACAAACUCCCAAGAAACCAAACGCAGCACAACCAGCGGAUGAUACUACUACUAUGAUUAGAGAUGAUGAUGAUGACAGUGAAGCCAUGAUGGAAGGAUUGGAUGACGAUGAUAUGGAUCAAGAAUUGGAACAAUUAGCAUUUGCCGAAGAUAUUUUGAGACGAGAACUCGAUUUGGCCAAGGAAUUUGCGUCUUUCUUUGGUUCUUCUCCCACACCUAGUUUGUUUUCCAGUUCGCCCGAUCCCAGUGGUGCUCUCGCUGGAGGAUUCCGCAAUAUGACUUUGGAUUUCACUACCAGUACUACUGCUACGUCUGCAGGGAUUGCUCCCACCAGUCUAUUCCAUACGGCCGUUAGUGCACCCGAUUUGACCACUGUCAAGUCCAAACCGGUUGUGGUUACCCAAAAAACAGAGGAAUCACAGCUACCCAUGGAUACUACUGCUACCAGCAACAGCAACAACAACCCACAAGCAACAGUCAGUCCACCUUCCUCUCUUCAGCAGCCUUCAGCAGCAGCAGCUCCCGUCGUUAUUCAACAAAUGGAAGCCGAUUUGGAUGGAGAUGAAGACGACCCGGACAUGCUCGUCGAACAACAAGACGCCAGUACCAAAGAAUUAAAAGAAAACAAUACAUCCUCCAAAUUCGAUCCCAAAUUGACACAACAGGAAACAUUACAUUUUGAUGCCGAAGCCAUGGAACAUAUUAUUAGCAAUCAUCAUCAUCAAUCGAUUGGAAGUAUUACACUCGAUACGGUAGGAACGGCGCUGCAGUCUGCCAAGGAUGCCGUGGCAGAAACAAACAACAACAACAACAGCACGAACCAACAGCAACAAACUACAACAACAACAACUGUGCCACAAGAACCACCCAAAGAACCAGCGACUACUGUCGACCACCCAAAGAGCAAUCCUGCCGUACCACCAACCCAAUCUUCUUCUUCUUCUUCCAACAACAAGAACAAUACUAAUAAGCACAGCAACAACAACAAUAACAAAUACGCCACACCGCGGAGACGUCGUCAUCAUGAUCUACAGGAACAAACACCCGCCACACCACAAACGUCCAUUGUGCUUUGGAAGGCUCCUCAGUACAAUUAUACUUCCAAUGAUCAUUUCAAAUCACUACUCAUCUGCAAGGAACCACAAGGGGCUUGGUAUUCCGUAGAUCUUACGGCACAUCUCUUGGUACAACAACAACAACAGCACAGUGGUAGUGUAUCCGAUACCGGUAGUACUACUACUUCACUGACCGAACACAACAACAACAACAAUAUCCCAUCGACGGUCGGAAUUGGAAUCAAAGAGUAUUGUCUCAGUAUCACACAGUGGAAACGACUCUUUGUGGGACUCCGGGUAGAAGGAGACGAAGAAAAACAGCAAAUCAGACGGCAACAGAAGCUACAACAACAAACUACUACUACUGGACAACAACCGCCAUCGACACCGCAGCACACUUUAUUGGAUACGAGUAGUAGUAUCCAACAACCGACGUCUCCUCCAUCCUCGAACAAACACAGAGCAAAUGAUCCGUCCUCUCCAGCUCCGCAUCAUGACGAUGUACCUCACCGAAAAGCACCCGUGCGAACCAUUUCCAUUCGCAUUCGGCCCGAUGUACUCUGUGGAGCCGUCAUGGAUGCCGUCACACAAACACUCGUCAAUUGUCCCCAUGCGUCCAUUAUCAAGCGACAAGGAGGACACCUACAGGCUACCGUCAGAGGACAAGUCAUACCACCACCAACGCAGGCCAAUAAUAAUAUGCAGGGUUCACCCAAUGUUUCCAUGGACUCCACUGCCACACCGCGCCGAUCGUCGUCGUCCGUCACGUCGAUUCGGGAAUACACCUUUUUUGUCGAUGCCCAGUUGUGCACACACAAGAGUCCUGCCUGUGAACGAGUCUUGCUCUUGCGUAUAUUCCACUGGGGAAAGGAAGAUCAAGAUGCCACGGAAGAAGGAGACUUGUGGUCACCCUCGUCGUCCAAUAACAACAACAACGUUGUUGACAGCAAUAAUCCAUUUGCACAACCAUCCGAUGAACAACAAUUCUUGAUUGAUGGCGAACAAUUCAAUAGCAAUUUCCCACAAUCCCCCAACUCGACAAUGCAACAGCAUCAACAAGCCCAUCAAGCCAAUCGACACUUGCGUGAAGCGUGUGCACUGAUUCAACGAAUCGAAUCGCCCGAGUUGGCACGCAAAAUGCGACCGCUGGUGCACAAGACGACACCCACACAAGCGGCGGCAGCCGAAUUACGAGAUUUGAUUUCCGAGCAUUUGCUUCACAACUAUCGUGCGUGUCCGUCGGUAUUGCGACCCGAUACGACAAUUACGCUUCCCGCACUUUCGCCGCACGACUGGCCCAUUAUUCAAGCGGCGUGGGGUUGGAUUCAGUCCGUGUGGGAUGAACUGGAAACCAGAGAGUUGACCUAUCUGUCCUUCUUGCCCAUGUUGUCGUGGAUGACCAUGAUGCCCCCUGCCGUGGCGGAAGCUGACGGAAUAACACAAGACGAAUUUACUACUCCACCGGAUCAUGAUUCGCCGACUCCAGUGUUGUCAUUGGCCCCUCCUGUACCAAGGUUUGGAGCCUUUCCGGCUUUGCCAACAUUGGAUGUUCAAUAUUGCUCUCAGUUAAGAAGAUUGUCUCGAGAAUCCAUGAUUGGCCAAUUACUCAAGGCGGCUUCUGUGCUGGAAGACUACGCACGACAAGCAGAAUAUCAAUGCGCCAACUUGAUUGAUCUCUUGCGGCCGACGUUUGCCUAUUACGGAGUGGACACACCGUCGCUGCCCAAGCCAGCACCCCUAUCAGCCUAUCCGCUGGAGUACACACCGCCUCAAUCGUUGUGCCCUCCGUGGGGAAUGAAGGUCAUGGAAGCUAUGAACCAAGUGACGGCCAUGAGUCACCAGCAGAAUGCCAUGCAAGAAGAACCGCAAGACCCCGAAAGCAUGCAGUCGCAUCAACAGCAGCAGGCCCUAGAAUCGCUUGCGAUGGCAGAGACAGCCGUGCAGAUGGUCUAUGAUGCAUUCCAGGAGCAAGACGACGAAGAACAUAGCGCUCGACUGGCCCGCAAAAAUUUGCAGGUCAUGGAUCGGUUGGCCAAGAUGCAGGAACACAAUCGCGCGUCGAUUCAUGCUUUGAGCAUCAGUAUCCCCACCAGCGGUGCCGCGAAAGCUGCUGCGGACGAGUUUUUUGCCAAGGCUGGAAAUGGCAUUAUUGGAUUGUUGCAUGCCAAGAAUGGCACCAGAGGAGCACCGCUGGCAGAACGAGAGGGUUUGAGAACAAGUGUUCACGCUCCACCGUUCCGGGAAGUCCCUUUGAUGAAGUGGACUAUGGGCGUUGGUGGUUCGUCUGGCACUUGCACCAUCACUGCGAAUCAGAUCCUGUUCACCCCUGCCAAGCUGAUCCCUUUGUUGAGCCAUAGUCAGUCGACUUGGUUUCAUAUGGCAGAUGUGGAGUUCGGAAUCGUCACUACUCCCCCAACGUUGUUGAAUCCACUGUCGACAAUGAUUCAAGUCUUGGACGCCAGCACGGGAACUCCCGUGUACAGUUUCAAACCAUCUUCCGCGGGACCUCGUUUGAAGAGUUUCUUGGACAUCGUCCAGAAGGAAAGUGCGGAGGCGAUGGCCGCCAAUGUGAGGGUAAACCAGGAGUUACAAGAGCAGGCGGAGUUGGACCUAACCAUGUAGACACCAACAAAUUUGGUUGACCGAGUGGUCUUGCUUUGAGAAUCUCGUUGGUAUGUGUUUUGGUUCCAGCGUCGCUUCUCCCUCUAGUAGGAGAA